UCAGCUCAACAAAGAAAUGAGGCGCAUUUCUACAUGUCCACAAAGUACAGUACAGUACAGCACAGAAGAAACAUAGAAUAGCUUAGCUUAUUAGCUCAGCUCAGCUUUACGCACUAAAUGGACGGAAGCCCUAUCUUCUCUACAAUACUGUACUCGACCCUUCGCCUAAUCCCUUAGUAUAAAUAAAUGGAGCUUUCUGCAUUCCCGACGUUCAGAGCAGUUACCAAUCCUUCGAUUUUCCCUUUCUCUUCGAAACAAGUUUGUUGCCGGUGCUCUUUUCUUCUUCGUCGCCGCGACUAUGGCCUUCGCUGGAAUCGAAAUUCGAAACCGUUUGUUCGCAUCAGGUUGUGCUUGGAGAAUGCUUCGUCGUCGAACGGUUAUGGCGGAACCGAGAGCGGAGAAGCUAAACCUGAGUUCAUCGAAGUCAUCGGCAUUGGCAGUCGGAAGGACGCGGUUAUCGAUUUCUGCUUGAGAUCGCAGUUUCAGUUGUCGUCGCUGCGGUUUUGGAAUAUCAUAAUGAAAGAAUCACACGAGGCUCAAUUACAGCGUAGAUCAAGGGAAGAAGAAUUUUCUCCAACAGUUGUCAAAGCUCCAGUAUUUAUGAAGACAUGCUCAAAGACUGUUGUCCUUGUGGCUAGUGCAGGAUAUGGAUUGGACCUUUCUGUUGCAGUUGAUAUUUUUGAAACUGUGAGGUCCAGAAAUGGGUUAGCAGUUGCUAUAGUUUUGAGGCCUUUUAGCUUUGAAGGGUUAAGACGACAGGAUGAGGUGAAGGAUUUGAUGGGGAAGCUUAAGGAGAGCGCGAAUUUAAUUAUAGAAAUUGAUAUUGAUGCACUGCUUCAAAAAGACUUGUUGACUCUAGAUGAGGCCAUGAAGACUGCAAAUAAUGCAGUUUUGUUGGCUAUUAAGGCCAUAUAUGUAUUAAAAUCUGAGACGCAUAGAAAACUUGUAGAUAGAUUGCAGGAUGGUGUGACUGAAGCCAGCACUUCAGAAGUUAAUAAAAUAUUGGCAAACUAUAAAGAAGCAGGGAUCGGAUUUGGAGCUGCAUAUAACAUCAAAACCUCAAUAUUGCAGUCUACAUUAGAGUGUCCUUUCCUUGGUGUUCGUUUAAAGGAUCCAACUAGUAUUGUUAUCUGCAUUCUUGCUAGUUCAGUACCCAUUAAUCAUAGCGAUAUAGCAGCCUUUCUGCGUACAUUCCGUCAAACUACAGCAUAUACGGGGGACAUAUUAGUAUCCACAAUCUAUGAGCCAAAUGUUGAGCCCAACUUAUGGAUAACAACUGUCCUUGCACUUGGCAGUUCAAACGUGAAACAAUCUGUCCAGAGUGUUGGUAUACUAUCCAGACUGGCCCUGCAUUUUCCUCGUCUUUUUAGCUUUUGGGGGACGCAUAAUCAGCAACAAGUUCACACAGGAAAAGAGUGUGCAGUAACUCCUCAGAAAGUGAUGGAGUCUUAUGAAAGGGAUGAGGAGCCAAAUAAGAAUGCUGCACAUUUUGUAGAUGGCAGUUUUAAUAAUCACAAUGAACAGUUGGAGCCAAGAGUGAGCAGCAGCAGCUCCAAGUUGGCUACUUCAAGGUUUUCUGAAAAAGAAGAUAUGUUCGACUCUAUAGCCCAGAAUUCUGUCCCUUAUGACUCUAUUAUUGAAGAUGACUAUGCUUUUCAAAGGGAGCAACUUGAAAACUGGAAUCUGGGUCCUGGAUAUGAAGUGGCAAGGGAGUGGGCCCAAGAACGGGUAGCUGAUGCAACACAUAUGAUAGAUAAUCUAAGCAUAUUCCACCUUCCUGUAGGUGUGAGGCCUUCAGAAGAUUUGAAAGAUUGUUUAAAAGUCUCAUUCAUGACAGAACAGAAGGAACCGGAAUCUGUCAAUGAAGUAAAUGUAUCAACAAUAAAUGAGGGCAUCCCUUCUUGGAAUGUAGUGACUGAUGCAAGUUUGGAAGCAGUAAAGGGAUUGGCAUCUUCACUUUUGAAGGGAAAAGAUGCUAAUAAACCAAAGAAGCAUGGAGUACUUUCUGAUCGAGCUGCUUCUAUGCUGGAGGCAGAACGGGACUUGUCAAAAAAGUGGAAUCCUGUUGUGGAAAUGCAAUACAGGGGAGGAAGAUACAAGGGACGAUGCCAAGGAGGUCUUCCUGAAGGAAAGGGGCGUCUUAUUCUUGGAGAUGGAAGUAUAUAUGAUGGUUCAUGGCGCCAUGGUAAGAGAUCAGGGCCAGGUACCUUCUAUUUCAAAAACGGAGACAUGUUUCAAGGAACAUGGAGGGAUGAUGUCAUGCACGGCAAGGGUUGGUUUUAUUUUCACACUGGUGAUCGGUGGUUUGCAAACUUUUGGAAGGGAAAGGCCAAUGGUGAGGGGAGGUUCUACAGCAAGUCUGGUGAUGCCUUCUUUGGGAAUUUCAAAGAUGGCUGGCGUCAUGGCCAGUUUCUUUGCAUCAAUGCUAACGGAACUAGGUAUGCUGAGAUUUGGGAACAAGGUGUUCUUUUAGACAUCAAACAGUUAUACAGAUGACCAAGCGGCAUAAAUAUGGUACCCUAAAUUCUGUUUACUGUGACUCUCGUAAUCUUGUCUCUCGGUCUUGCUUUUAGGUUUUGUUCUUGUUUUAUUUUACUUAACCUAUGUUGUAUAGUAGGUGUUAGUUGUUGGCAAUGUUAUAUGUUUUCUUUUCUCUUUAUGCUACUAUAUGUAAAGGGGAAGGGGAUGAUCAGGAGAAAUUUGGUGCACUGUUUUAUUUUUUGUUUUAACAAUUUUUUCAUAUAUCCAUAAAAAAAAAAAUUAUUCUUAAUA